AUGAAUGGCAAGAAGCAUGAACCAAAGAAAAACAUUUUCUAUGGCCUGAUGCACUUCUUCAAAUCUGAUAACAAACAGAAGAACAACAUCUCUGAACAUGUUCAACAUUUCACAAUUAUGCACUUUCCAAGGGUGAUAAUGUUGGAAAUACUUUCAAGAUUACCAAUCAAGUCCAUUUUCCAAUGUAAGAUUGUUUGCAAAUUAUGGUAUCAUCUUUUAACUUCCGACCCUUUAUUUGUUAAAAUGAAUCAAACAAGAUCCCAUAAUAUUCCAUGCAUUUUGCUGUCGAAUGGUGAUUACUCCAUCUCUUCGAUUCUUGAACUUAAAGCAGGUUAUGAUUAUUAUUCUUGUCGCCGUAAUAGACCCAUUGUGUUGAGUCAUAAGUUUCACCUCCCUCCAGGGGAAUUACCAUUGCGCGUAGUAAGUUCAUGUAAUGGGUUGCUUUGUUUGGUGAGUGGUCGCAUUCGCUAUGAAAACCAUUCGAUUUACAUUAACAACCCUCUUUUGGGAGAGUGUUUCAAACUUAGAUUGCCCGAAUGGAAGAAAAGUCUUUGUCCUCUUACUUAUCGAUUUCGCUUUAGUGAAUCCUCUGAGCAAUAUAAAGUGUUGAGAUUUGCAGUUAUGUUUGGGGGUAUUCGUGAUGUAGUAGAACUGGAGAUUCUUACUCUUGGCGUUGAUGAGAAAUGGAGAUAUGUGGGCAUAGUUCCCCGUCCUGUAUGGUUUUUUUAUGAAAAGAUUUAUGUCAAUGGUGCUAUUCAUUGGAUGGAUUGUGAAAAUCCUUCAAGUGUUGUCCGCAUUAACUCAUUUAAUAUUGCGACAGAAGAAGCGAAGACCUUGCCAGCUCCACCUGGUUUGGAAAAUUCAACCUCCAGUUGGACGCUAGCAGAGUUGGGGAAUUGUCUCUGUUUGAUUGACAUUAUCGCUUUUGAUCCUUUUGAUAUAUGGUGGAUGAAAGAGUAUGGAAUUGCUGAAUCUUGGAUUAAAGAUCGCAUUCAUGGGAAUGGUAUUCCUGCUGCUAUCCGUUGUGUUACAUUAGCACCAUUCAUAAUUUGGAAAGAUGGGGAAAUGUUGAUGCAAACCGAUAGUGAUAGCAUACGACUAGUUUCUUACAGUCGAAAAGAGAAUAAGUACAGAAGGGUCAAGGUUUACGGUAAUGGCAGUGCACGUAGUAUAUGUAUUCCAACCUAUUACUCGCUCAAGACCGUCAUGGGGGACAACUUUCAAGUCUCAUAUGUUUAUCCGAAGAUUGAGAUAGCUUAG